AUGUGUGACAGUGACAAGGGUAAGUCUUUGCUGAAAGCUUAUGAAUUGAAAGACAAAGGCAAUGUGAAGUUUAAAGCUAAACAAUAUCUUGAAUCUAUGCGUUGGUACACCAAAGCUCUGUUUAAUGCUCCUUGUCCAUCUUCAUCUUUUGAAGGAACGCUUGAAAUGUUUCGUGAAUCUUGUGAUGAAAUUCUACAAGAUGCAUUAAAUGAUAUUGCCAUUGCUUGGUAUCAUGGAUAUCCUAUUGAAACAUUCAAAUUAUACCGAAGAAAAGCAUUGUGCUUGGCACACUUAGGGAAAAAAGUUGAAGCUUUAGGAGUCAUUAAAGGGUACAAAGAUAAGAUACCACUAAAUCCCAAAGUUUUAUUAAAUGAAUGCAAAAGGACUGACCUGAAUACUGCCAUUGAGAAGCUGACAAGUACAACCGCAAGCAUUAGUGCUAGCUACAAAGCUGUUUUAGGUCUUAAUGUUUCUGAAGAAGGGCUUAAAAAUUAUGAUAAAGAGUUCAUGGAAAAAUAUUCUGUUAUGUUGACUGAGUUAUACUGUAUUACUACACCAUCACAGUCAACUUCAUUGCAAGAAUUAAUAAAACGUCACAUGCUGCAAAUAAAAGACAACUAUUUCUUAGUUCACACUAAUGUUCUUCCUCCUAAUUGUCAACAAAUGGGACCAGAAAUGGCUAAUGUUGAUGAAACAAAGCUUGGUUGUGCUCUUUAUUUAACAGCAUCAUUGUUUAAUCACUCAUGUGAUCAUAACAUGCUAAGAAAGUUUAUUGGAAAUAGAAUACAAGUAUUAGCAUAUACAGAUUCACUCACAAAAGAAGAUGAACUGUGUUUGUCGUAUGGACCUAAGAUUGGUCAUAUAAAAAGAACAGAGAGGUUAAAAGAAUUGAAAAAGACAUCAUUUUUUGACUGUUCAUGUGUUCCUUGUGUAAACCCCAAAAGAGAAAUGCUUCUGAAAGAGUAUGGAUGGUAUGGCAUGGUUUGUCCACAUUGUAAAGUAGGACUGUUACCUGAACCUGAUGAUCCUCAAAGUGAUACAACUAGUGAAUGCAUUGACUGUAGAAAGCAGACCGAUGUUAAGAGCCUUUUAGAGCAAGGACAGGAACUGUUGCAGAAUUGUCGUGAAAGCUCUACACUAAGAGAUCUCGAAAAUAAUUAUGAAAAAUUGGCCAAAGUGUUGUAUAAGUAUAAUAAAUCACUUUGUGAUAUUUGCAAGCUGAUUGCUUCAUACUAUGUUGAUCAAGGAGAUUAUUGUAAAGCUUCUUUUUAUUAUGAAAAAAGGAUUGAGGCUCUUGAAGUUAUUCAUGGCCCAAAUAGUAUAGAGCUAUGUAGUGCUUUACCUAAUUAUAGCCGUGUGCUUGAAGCAAAAGAUACUAAAAAAAGUGUAAAGGUGGCUAAGAGGGCUCUUCGAUUAGUGGAACUUUUCUAUGGACCAGAUGAUGAGGAUGCUAAACUUUUGCGUGAUUUUCUUAAGAAAUGAGUUAAUUUGAAGUCUUAAUCUGUACUUGAAACAUAAAUUUACUAGUGUUAAUUAACUUAUUUUACCUGCCCUAACUAUAUGCUACCUUUUCUUUUCAAGAUUUUUUAAAUAAAAGACCUUGUAUUGAUCCAAUGCAA